AGGAGGCGCGUUACUUCCUGGUUACCUCAGUCCGCGUCGGGGUAACGGGGUGGGCGGAGCUCUGCGGCGCAGCACGAUGCUGGUGUUAGUACUCGGGGACCUUCACAUCCCACACCGAUGCAGCGGUCUGCCCGUGAAGUUCAAGAACCUGCUGGUUCCAGGAAAAAUCCAGCAUAUCUUGUGCACGGGAAACCUCUGCACCCAGGAGAGCUAUGACUACCUCAGAACUUUGGCUGGGGAUGUUCAUGUUGUUAGGGGGGACUCUGAGAGUCUGAAUUAUCCUGAACAGAAAGUUGUAACUGUUGGGCAGUUCAGAAUUGGGUUGAUUCAUGGCCAUCAGGUUAUUCCCUGGGGUGAUGUGGCCAGCCUGGCACUGCUACAGAGGCAGCUAGAUGUGGACAUCCUUAUCUCAGGACACACACACAAAUUUGAAGCAUUUGAACAUGAAAAUAAGUUCUACAUCAACCCAGGAUCUGCUACAGGAGCCUACAGUGCUUUAGAAACGAACAUUAUCCCUUCAUUUGUACUGAUGGAUAUCCAGGCUUCCACGGUUGUGACCUAUGUAUACCAACUAAUUGAGGAUGAUGUGAAAGUAGAAAGGAUUGAGUUCAAGAAAUACUGAUGCAUCUUCAAACCGGCGUGCUAACUUGGUGCUUCCUCCGUCCUCCUCUUCCCAGUUGAAAUGCGGACAGGCCACGGGGGGGUGCUGCUGCCGCAGCAUGUUCGGGUGUAAGCGCGCUACAACGUUCAUGACUGAGCUCGUGAAGUGUGGUCCUGGUUCGUGAUCGAGGCUUGGAGCAGAAGAAACUUGAUUAGCUCAUCAAAAACAUGCUGUGUCCAAGAAGCAGGUGUUGUGCUCCUGGCCUGGAGAGGUAGAAAUGGUGGUGGUAGCUGGGACUGAACAUAUGUAAAAUAAGCAUAGAAUAAACCCCUAUUUUCAUGUGA